AUGUUAGAAAAAAAGUUUGCUGACAUUGACAAAAAAUUUGAGAAUGUUUUAAACAAGAACAAGAGGAAGUUGGAAAAUGCUCAGAUAAAACCCAUACAUGACAAGUUCUUAUUUGCUCAGAAUGGUAUAACAGGUCUAAUUGCACCACCUGGGUCGGGUAAGACUUUCACUUAUCUUAAAAUGGCUGCACAACAACAAGAACUAGAUGAGAAGAACCCAUUCUAUGAGUUAGUUGUCAUUUGUAGUACUUCUGGUCAAUUUGACCAAACCGUCAAUUCGUUCAAAGAUAUUAUAAAGAAGUCUAAGUUAGUAUGUAUAAAAGACUCUGAGUUGUUAGAUUGGAUAAAGAAGUACCAAAGAAGAGUUUUGAAGUACAAUGCUAUAAAUGAGUAUAUAAAUUCUAAGUUUAAAGACCCAAAUGAGGAAAUGCAGAGAAUAUUAGAGAAGAAACACUUCAGAAACAAACAGAAAGAGAUAGAAUACAUUUCGAAGAAAUUGCAAUCUUACGAUUGGAAGACUUACCCUCACAGAUGUCUUCUUAUCUUAGAUGAUUUCGCCUCUCAUCCUUUGUUAAAGAACAGAGAACAAGA